AUGCCUUUCGGAUUGUGUAAUGCACCGGCAACAUUUCAACGGUGUAUGCAAGCAAUCUUUGCUGACUUGAUAGAGAAAUGCAUUGAGAUAUUUAUGGAUGAUUUCUCCGUGUUCGAUCCGUCAUUCCAACAUUGCUUGAAGAACUUGGACACCGUACUGAAGCG